AUGGACAGGGCAAGGUGGCAGCAGAUACUGACCCUCCUCCCCAUCUGCCUGGCCCUCGCCUUCUCCCUCACAGCCAUGGGCAGCAGCCACUGGUGUGAGGGCAUCCGACGAACGACGAAACCUCUAUGCCCAGACCGCCUAGGGGGCUUGAACUGCAGCCAGGACAGCAGCAGCACAGGCAGAAGACACGAUGACAGCCAGGCUGUCCAGUACAUCUGGGAGACCGGAGAUGACAAGUUUAUCCAGCGCAGGUUCCAUGCAGGGCUUUGGCAGUCCUGUGAGGAAAGCCUCAACAGCACAGGUGAGCGGUGCAGGUGCUUCCUGGGGAUAGUACCCACUGAGGGACAAGGAUUUUUAUGGCUCUCCAUUGGAGCUGAAGCCUUGAAUAUCUUCCUGAUACUGACAGGUGUCAUCCUCCUGGGCUUCAGCAUGAGUUGUUACAGUUCCGGAUGCAACUGGCUCAAUGUGGAUGCCUCAGUGGCUAUCCUCAUGGUGCUUGCAGGACUCCUGGGCAUGGUGGCUCAUAUGAUGUAUACAACUAGUUUUCAAAUCACUGUGAACCUAGGACCAGAAGAUUGGCGGCCUCAGACAUGGGACUAUGGCUGGUCCUAUUGCCUUGCCUGGGGAUCUUUCGCUCUCUGUAUGGCUGUGUCAGUGGCAAUCAUGAGCAGAUACACCACAACCCAGGCAGAGAUGCCAAGGGCACAGAAAGGCAAUCCAUACCCUCAGCACAACACCCCACAGCCUGAGGCUUCACAGAAGGUUUGGCAAACAGGAGCUGUUCCCCAGCCUGUGGGACAAGUCUUUGUGAAUGUUCCUGGGCACUGGCCCCCAGGUACAGGAAGCAAAGUGUCCAUGUGCUAGCCAGUGAUGCACGUGCAGAUGAACCAAGCAUUUAUUACUACAACGAACACCACUGGAGUGGAGUUCAGAAGACCACAAUAUAGGCAAGCUUUCCGCUACCCCUCUCUGGACUUAGCAUCUCAUGUCUCCCACAAUUCCUGUAUCUUUGGAGGAGAUAAUGUCUACGGAACAUAUCAACUAUUAACCCUCUAGUAUAAAGGAACAUCUGAGGCUUCUCUGGCUCUAAUAAAUAUCCCCAAAAGAGUUGGAUCGUGAAAAUAUUAGGGAAAAAAAUGAUGAAGGAAAGAACUCCUCAUCUCUUAUAGCAGAAGCAAAAUAUGUCACCCACACAAAUUCAGUGACAAACAAACCUGGAAUAUUUUUCCCUAGUUGAUGCAUGAAAUAUGAGACCAUACGCUACAUCUAAUUUUCAUUAGGAAGAUAGAAAAUUUAAAAUCGGUUGCCUAAAAAUAUUCUUUACAGGGCAUCAAGACACGGGCCUUUAAUCUCACAACUCAGGAGGCAGAGGCAGGUGGAUUUUUGUGAGUUCAAAACCAGCCUUGUCUACAUAACCAGUUCCAAGACAGCAAGAACUACAUAAUAAAGAGACUUGAUCUCAAAAUAAAUUCCUAAUAUCUAGUCACAAUGAAGCUAGUUUGGAAGGAUGAGGAAAUGAUAGAAAAAAAAUGGUGUGGCAUCUUAUCACAGUGAAGUGGAGCAAGUGUUUGGAUUGUACUACUUAAGCUAAAUCACCAGGCAUUCUUGCAUCUAAAAAUAAACCCUGCCAAGCAUGCAGUCCUUGUGGGAGGUAGCACUGUGCUCAGGACUCCCUGGUGCAUUCAGUUAUGACACUGCAUGAUUCUCUCCGAUGUCUUAAACUGGCAUGAGAUUAAGCCACAGGUUGUCAGGCAUGUGGAGCACUUUGGAAAGGAAUAGAGACUGCCAAGUCCCAAGGACCUUGAACACGUCCUAGCCCAGAG